AAAAGCAAUAGUAAUAGAUGUGGCAAUCCCGAAUGACAAUAACAUCAGGAAGAAAGAAUGAGAAUCUGGAGAAAUAGAAGUGCUUGAAAGAGUAGAUAGUAAGGAUGUGGAAGGUUAAAGCCACAGAAAUCCUGGUGAUAAUGGGAGACGGCAUAAAAGAGAUUUACCAGAAUGCUGCCUGAUUAGAGAACCUACGUUAUGAAGGAGCGGUGAGCGAGCUUAGGAAUUUUCUCUGGAGCGGAGGAUGAAAGAUGACUUGAUAGAAGUAUAUAAGAUUAUUAGAGGUAGAGUGCCUUAUUCCCAGGCAGCAAUGGCUAUACUAGAUGACAUCCUUUUAAGGUGAGUGGAAGAAAAGUUAGCGUAUAUAUCAGAGGUAGAUUCCUUACAUAGUGAAUGGUAAGUGCCAUUUAAGAGGAUCUUGGAUAAACAUAUAGAUGUAAGAAUGGAGUGUUGUGGGUUAUAUAGGAGGGAAGGGUUAGAUUAAUUCAAUCACCACGCCGGAACCCUUGCUCCUGCUCACCAUGGGCUUGCGGCACACCCGGAACAUAACAAAGAGGCGGACUUCCGGCAGCCUAGCAACGGCGUGGUUGCCAGUCUCCAUGGGAACGGGUAUUGCGGCAAUGCGGCGAUUCUGCUCCAGUGCAAGCUCCAUGGGACUGGGGUCGGCGCCUUCGCUGCCACCGCGCCUCCACACAGAGAACGAAGAUGUGGUGAGGUUAUACACUAAUAUAUGGAGUGCGUGGAGCAGCGAGCUAUCAGUGCAACCGCAAACGCAGAGAACCCUGUGAAGGAAAUGUGACACUGUUGUAUGAUCUGCUAAUGGAUGUUCAUGUCUCUUAAGCAUUACCUUCCUAGUUAAACACAUCCAGACUGUAUGGAAAACAAAAGCAAGAACCAUCCUCUUUUGCAGUCUUUAAAUCGAAACAAGUUAACAUGUGAACCAUUGCCUCAGAAGCGGAAGAGAAAAUGUCUUACAUUGCAAGAGCGUGGAAUCAAGAACAAUGCUGCUCAAAGCUUAGUUUCAAACUUCAAACAUAUCACCGAGGUGAGAAAGGCUGAUGCCUUCUUAAGGAAAAGGAUCAGAGAUGAAGAUUUGCAAGCAAAUUUUCUAUUAGGGCAACUCUACUUUGAAGAGGGGUGCUAUGAAACAGCUCUAGAAGAGUUUAACAAAAUUAAAGAUAAAGACUUCCAAGCUCUCUAUCAGCUGGGUGUGAUGUAUUAUGAUGGCCUAGGCACCAAGGAAGAACCUUCUCUAGGUGUGGAAUAUAUGAACAGAAUUAUAAACACAGAUGACCUGCAAGCAAGCCACUUGAAAUUUGCUGCAUAUUACAACCUGGGCAUUGCUUCCUUUGAAGGAUUUGGAAUCCAGCAGUCUGAUUCAGAAGCAGAAAGAUUGUGGCUCCUUGCUGCAGAUGAUGGGAACCCAAGAGCAAGUGUAAAAGCCCAGUCUACUCUGGGAAUGUUCUAUAGCAGACCAGAAUCUCAGAAUUUGCCAAAAGCUUUUUUUUGGCAUUCAGAAGCCUGUGGCAAUGGAAGCCUAGAGUCUCAAGGUGCACUGGGUUUAAUGUACCUCACCGGACAGGGUAUCCGCAAGGACGUACAAUCAGCUUGUGAAUGCCUGAAGGAAGCGUCAAGCAGAGGCAAUGUUUAUGCUCAGGGCCACUUAGCCGCUUACCUGUACAGUCGUAAAAUGUACAAUAGUGCUGCUGAACUUGCAUGCAGGGUUGCCCAGUAUGACAAUAUCCCUUUAAUAGCAAAGGAAACUGAUUGUCUACCAUCUUAUAUAGCAAAAGGUAUUGCCAUAGCUGCUUUCUACUAUGGGAGAUGUUUACAGCUGGGUUUAGGGACAAAGCAGGAUCAAACCGAAGCCAGAAAGUGCUUCAGCAAGGCAAUUAACAUGGAUCGUGAUGUGGCAACUGACCUGCAUUUUCAAGUUAUAAUGGAAAGACUUUGAUAAGAGGCCAUUAUGAAGAAACCUUGAAUAGACACUGCUUCAAUUGAUUAUUGUUGUGACAGUUAGAUGUAGUUUUUCAUCAUGUCAUUAGUACCAUGUCAUUUUGGAAAUGGAAAAUUGAAGUCUUACCACUAAGCUGAGAGUAAAAUUAGCUUAUAGCUCUGGAAAAAAAAACCCCUCGACUCCUAAUUACUUGAUGAGAAUAAGUUUGGACAAUAUAAAUCUGAGCCAUCUUGGACUGAAUUUAUGAACAUUUAGACUGUAUGAGAUCUGCCAUUUUAAAAAAAAAUUAAUUUGCCAAUAAUUUUGGCUUGUGCUUUUGCCAUUUUGUGGCAAAUGUUGCUAAGAAAGAUUUUUCAUGUGACAGUAAAUGAGCAUAGAAAGGGCAAUGGUUUAAUUUUUGAUUUAGAAAAAUAUCUGAAAGCCUUUUUAAGGUAUAAUCAAAGUGUGCAGACGAAAUCAAAAGAAAUAUUAGGAGAUUUGAAAACAACAUGCAGGAAUCUGAAAUAAUAACAGAAAAUACUGGAGAUACUUGGGAGUUCAGCUGUGUCCAGUACUGUCUGUGUGGAUUUGUAUGAGUACGUGAGUACAUGUACAUGGGUGCUGUAGGUAUCUCUCACAUCCCAUUAAAGUUAGUAGGUUAAAAUGGCGCUAAUGGAGUUGGAUGGUAGGAGAAUCUGGUUGGAGUUGAGGGUCAAUAGAGAAAGAAUAUAGAACAGGGAAAUGAGUGGGGAAUGGAAUUUUUGGAAUUGCUCAGAGAACAAUAGGUAGAGUGUCUUAAUGAAGAGAUAUUGAUCUAAAAUGUCAAACCCAUUUUCCCUCACCAUGUGCUCCUUAACUCGUUGAGUAUCUCUAAUAUUUAUUUUAAUUGGAGAUAUUUGAAGUAUAAGAUAAACUGGGAACAUGUAUCUGAGCUUUGAGGAUCAUCAUAAAAGAAAGAAGAACACUUAAAGUAGGAUAUUUCAAGUCCAAAGCCAUGGUUGAGGAUAAUGGGAGAAAAGAAAUAAAGGAAGAAAAAAUGGUACAAAGAACACAUGGCUGACGUACUGGCAACAUUUCCUGUUGCACAGGGUGUGUAGUGUGCCAAGUGGAAUACACAUUUUUAUUUACUUGGGGAUUUUUGUAACAGUAAGACAAGAAGUCUUAACUUUAGAGCAUAUAUAAACAUUGCUGUGGAUGUGUAAGAUAUGAUAGCUGUAGCAAUACUGCCUUGCCACUGUGGGGAGCACUGAGCUGAGAUUAGCUUAACAACCUUCCUUACCAAGACCUCUCUCAACCUGAAAUCUAGAAUGAACUUCAUUGCCAAACUAUUAAAUUGACCCCAUCAAGUGAUCUCCUGCUACUGUUGUCAAUUUCCAGAUGAACCAACAUCUUAUUUGAUUCCUGACCAAAAAUAACUUCAGUUUCACAUUACUUAUGGACUUAGCUAUUCUGAGCGAAAUUGAACUGAAAGGGUAAAAUUUUUGACCAUUUUAAAUGUCUUAAUAUGUUUUAAAUGAAUAUCCAGUAAUUUUAGCUUUAGAUCUUUUGGCAAAUGUUGCUUAACGAGCUAUCUAAUGCAGCAGCAGACAAGGAGCCUUGCAAGAGAGGUGGACAGAUGUUUCAUUUAGAAAAGCAUCUCAAAACAUUUCAGAAUAAAAUCUAAAAUUGCAUAUUAAAGCAAGCAGAAAGAACAGCUCCUCUUUGAGAAAUGGUGCAUAAAUUGGUGUAUGCAGCAACUGCUCACAUUUUGUUUCAAAGAUUCUUUUGGUUCUUUACAACUCGUAAAACUUAAUUCAGGUUCUUUCUUAAUCCAGGAUGCAAUAAAUCUUGUCAGUGUGUUUGUGUUUUUUAGCAAAAUCAUAAAAUAUGAAUAGGAAGUAAAAUAUUUUAGAAAGUUAUAUGGUUUUGUUAAAAGACUAUCAUGGUCUAUUUGGUGAACGUUGUUAGCCACUUCCAGCAAGUGUGGAAUUUACCUCAAAUCCUAAAUGAUGUGAAUAAAAUAAAAGUGAAAUCAACC